CGUAAUGGCAAUUACGCUUCACCGUGACUGUACUUGCCAACCCACUAGUGUGUUCGUUUUCAAAAGUCUGUUACUCUUCUCGUAUUUUUUUCUUCGCCAAGUACGAAAUACAGUUGAUCUAUCUGCUAUUGUUGCAGUUAGGGUGACUUUGACGCCACAAUUGUCGCUCAGCAACGCACACAUCUGUCACGAAGCUCCACUCGCUCGCAUAUCUUGUCGAUUUUCCACCUGUGAUGUCCAACGAUUCAACCGCCUGCAGCAUCCACUUGAUGACGGUGUUCAUGACCACGAUUUUCUUGUUGAUGCAGCUUGUACAUGCCGUUCCUAUCACAGCGGCAAAGCAUAACCAAGCCUCCCUAAGCAAUAUUCGGACGGGCGGGAACUUGAACCCAUAUCCCGACAUGCCACGUAUUACUUUCCGCCGGGAUGGGACCUUCAAGAUUACUGUAUUCUCAGAUUUUCACUUUGGAGAGGGCCCUGAAACAAUUUGGGGUCCUGAACAAGAUGCCAAUAGUACCCGGCUCAUGAGGAUAGUCCUGCCAGAGGAGAAUCCCGAUUUUGCUGUGAUCAAUGGCGAUUUGAUUACGGGUGAAAAUACGUUCAGAGAAAAUUCUACAAAACUUGUAGACCAAAUUGUGGCCCCUUUCGACGAGUUUCGCGUUCCCUUUGCUUCCUCUCAUGGCAAUCAUGAUAAUCAAGUCAACAUAACCCAUCUUGAGGAGAUCAUUCGCGAACGGCAAGUUAGCUCCUUUAGUUACACUCGUUCUGCGCCACCCGGAGUGGGAGGAGAGGGUGGUCCAGGUAAUUAUUGGGUCCCGGUAUAUGCGAACGAAGAAGAUCAUUAUCCUGUCUUGAUUCUAUGGUUCUUCGACUCUCGAGGUGGAUUUUCGCCCGGUGAGAAUUCGACAUCCGUGCCUGACUGGGUCGAUUCCACCGUUGCGGAGUGGAUUGAGAGCGAAAGCACUUUAAUGGAAGAAGACUGGGGUCCUGCAGAGAGUCGAGGAGCAUUAGCAUUUGUCCAUAUUCCACCGCGUGUCGUCCAGUCACUUCAGUCGACAUUGAACCAUACUUCAAAUCCUGGGCUCAAUGAGGAUACUCUGGGACGAGGUAGCACACAGGCUAGCACCCAGGAUUCAGAUGCUGGCAAAGACGAGCCGUUCUGGAAUGCUUUGAACAAAUAUGUCAAGAAUCUUCAUGCUGUGAUUUCUGGUCAUGACCACGGAAACGAAUGGUGUUCUCGGGAGACGGAUAAGAAAGUUAUAUUUUGCUUUAACAAGCACUCUGGAUAUGGUGGCUAUGGGGAAUAUUCGUGGGGCUUUGGCAUUCGCAAUCUAGUAUUCACGUCAACGGAUCCUAAGGACGGUGUGGAUACUUGGAUCAGGCUUGACGGAGGUGAAACUAGGGCAAAGGUUGUACUUGAUGAUAACUACGUAUGAAUGUCACCUAGCAACGUCAAGUUAACGAUAAGUCGAACCUAUGCUGAGAAUUGGAAUGG